GAAUAAUAAUCACGUGAUUUUUUGCACUUGAACCACAUGAUGUGAAAAUGGCACCUUCCUUGAAUAGAAAUGUUUUCCUUUUAUUUAUUUCAGUUUUGUGCUUUUGUCAUGCUGUUUAUGGUCAGUGGCCAAUACCAUACAGACGUUACAAAAGCAGACCAAUAUCAAAUUCCUACUGCAAGGCUGGAGUAAUUCCUUUUUGCCCAACAGGACAAAUAGCUAAUUCUAUGCCGAAAUUUAAGCCAGAUGACAAAGUUCAACUCUAUGCAUUGAAGAAACCAGUUUGGCAGUUUAAAUUUGGAGAUACUCUCGGGAAAUUUCAUAUCAUGCAUGAUGCUCUUGGAAUUAGUAAUCUAAACACCGGCAUGAAUUACACAAUGGAAUGGUACGAGUUAUUCCAACUCUUUAACUGCACCUUCCCGCAUGUUGUGAACGACUCUCUGCUGUGGUGUAAUCAAGGAGCUGCCUGUAUAUAUGGUGGUAUAGAGGACAGACUCUGGAAGGAGAAUGGGACACUGCAGCUAGUUGCUACUACUAAUGGUGAUGUCUUCAAUCAGUUUGCUGAGUGGGUUUUGUGGGACAACACAACUGGACUUUAUUAUGAGACUUGGACAGUUCGAGACAAACCAGAUGGAAAGAUGUGGUUUGAUUCCUUUGACUGUGCCAGUUGGGUUUUGCGAGCCUUUCAGGAAUUCGGAAAGCUUGGAGUGAAAUUUGACCAGACUGUGAAAUUGAACUACACCCGGAUUAAUUUAUUCUCAGAUAUGCCAAAAUAUCUAGGAAAUCAGUCUAUGGUUUUUGCAAACAAAACCUUGGGAAAAGACAUCAUGAAAUUCUACUCAAAAUUCCAAGCUCACGUGGCUGGCCCACUGCUUAUAGAACAUUUGAUAUCAGCCCUGGAAGAAAUUCUUAUCCAGAACAAGUUCUAUUUCUUUUACAAUGAAGAAUAUUGGUUUCUUCCAAUGAAAUCCCCACAUGUUAAACUAACAUACAAUGAAAUACCUUUGCCAUCAUAAAUGUUUAUUUGAGGUAUUUUGAAUCAGAAUGCUCAAAAUAAUUUGAAUUUUUUGUUUUGUUAAUCAUCAUAACUACAGUUGAACUUUGAUAUCUCGAACACUGAUAUCUCAAAUACAAUUGAUAUGUCGAAGUGAUUUAUAAGUCCAAACCACUUAUUUUAAAAGUAUUUUACCCUUAUUAUAUCUUGAAUACUCACAUAUCUUGAAAUUUUUAAACAGUCCCAACUAGUUCAAGAUAACAAAGUUUGAAUGUACUUAGAAAAGGUUGGAAAUAAGCAAGGAUUUUUGCCUUCAAAUCAAUUUUUUGAUGAACAGGUUAAUGAAAUGAUUGUACAUAAUCUACCAAUUGCACUGAUAAUUAUAUAACCAAUAACUAUACCUAAAAUGCAUUUUAUAUCUUAAGAAUAUGUUAUAGUAUGUUUUUGCAACCUCAAUAUUGAAAAUGUUAAAAAUGUCUUAAAAGUUGCUUUCAAAUUUAUGAAAUUGUAACAGUUUCAUUUAGGAAGUGAUUAAGAAAUGAAUUCAGUUUUUUAUGUGUUCACCAAAAUAUCUAAAUUCUUUUGUAUUUUUGCAAUACCUGUAAUAAUUAAGAUCAUUAUAAUACAUUUAGUGUUCUGUUUACUAGUAUUUGUUGUACUAUAAGUAAGGGAUUAUCAAUGCAAUACACAUACCCAGUAACUAUAGUCUAUAAAUAAAUCUCAGGAAAGCCUUACAGUUUAAAAAAGGGUACAUAAUCAAUGUGAUAUUGUAUAUGUAUAUAUUUAUUUUUUUAUUGAUAAUUAUGCAUACAUAUAUGUUUUCAACUGUUCAACAUGGACUUUUAUAGGGCAUUGAUUGUAUGUACCAGUAUGUAUUAAAUGGAAAGCAAAUUGUGCACGGUUAAAGUACAUGUACUAGCUACUACAUAGUUGCACAGAUAGAUUGGAUGAUCUCAAAUACCACAGAUUUGUCGAAGAUUAAUUUUAUGCAUUUUACCUUGUAAAUCCAUGGACAUCUCUUUCUUUCAAAUUAUCCAGUUUGAUCUAUCAAUUUUGAUUUUAUAAAUAUGUUGAUUCAUGUAGAUUAAUAUACCCAGUUAAUUCCACUUAGAUUUUAAUAGAAAUGUUGAUAUUCAUGAAUAUCAAUCAAUCUAUAUGUAUUAGUUAACUGGUAUGUGUAAAAUGCUGUGAUAAUUAAUCUACAAAUGUAUGUACAAGUAUUAUCAAUACCAAGAUAUAUAAAUUGAUUAAUUUUUGUUGUUUGAAAACUCUAAAAUAAAGUUGAUUCGAAUCAUA